UAUUCAGGCCCCAGGUCUGGAACAGGACUCACAUCUGAAAUUCAAAUAGACGUGUCAAGGAGAUAUGGGAGCCUGGAGUCACGGGGGACGGUCCCUGCUCAAAGGGAGCGACACCGAGGGAAAGCAAACGUAACGAAAUCAGAGGCCAACAACAGGGUGAACAAAGUAACCGCGAUGCUCGUUACUCGAAAGGGAAGUCUUUGGACUUCUUGUCUGUUUUACUUAGGAGACUCCCGAUUUAAGAAGUAAAUGAACACUGAGGUUAUCCGUGAAAUUACAGCACCUCCGGCAAACACCUGCCACACCUUCGCCAAUCUAACAGCCCCUAUACCCAGCUGUCCAGAUGGGGUGCAGAUGCUGUAGGAUGAUAAAAAGUUAUAUCUAUGACCCCACGGUGCCUGUAGAUGCCCACAGCUACAAGCAGGACCAUUCCAGUAACUCCUUAGUACCUCCCUACCAGUGUCACAGACUACCAAAUGAGACGGCCCACAAGAAACAUGGCUUCCACAACUUGGCUUACACCGGCAACUCCAGCCCCACCAAAUCUGACAUUGACAACAACCACAUAAACCAACUCCAUGUUAACAACCAGGCUAGAUCCAGCCCACCUCAGCUACCAGAGAGUGACUCCAUCCUCUACAUUAUGCAUCCCGAGGGCGGGCUUCCACCUGUACAAACCUUCCUCACCCUCCCCAGUGCCCCACCCAUGUGCAGCAUGCAGCCCAUGUGCAGCAUGCUGGGGACGGAACCCUUCAAGCAAGCGGACAGCUUCCGUGACUCGGGCCUGGGGAAUGGUGGGACGGUGGAUGGGAACAACGGCUCAGGUGGCCGCUGGUGUGGACAGGAGGAGGAGGAGGAGGGAGAGGGGUGGCGGCAGGAACGCAGGGAGGCUGGCGCACCCGAGCAUGUUGGCGACGUAGUGGAUGAGGAGAGCGUGAUCUCGGUGGAUAUCCACACCAGCAGCACCAGUCUCUCCUCGGCGGACACGAAGCUGGCGGAGGACGACGAGGAAAGGGAGAAUCCGGUGGGGGAGAAGAAGGCUGAGGACUCUGUGAGCAUCACUGAAUCUAUGGUGGCCGAAGCUCUUGCUGCACUGGAGGCAGCAACUGCAGGAGAGGAAGACGAGUGAGAGCGGGACCUCGUCAUUGCUCGUGGAGCCUCAGGUUGAGACAUGGGAGACUUUUCCUCAAACUCUCACCUAAACAUUCAAUAGCCAAAAGAAUACUUUGCAUAAUGCGUACAUUCAGAAAGUCACUGAGAGUGCUUUUCUGAUGACCAGAAAGGACAACCGUUCAUGUGGAAAGUGAAUUCUAAACAUGGAAAAAUGGAUUGCUCUUUGUUUACAGGGAAGAAAAUGUUCCCUCAACAGACUACCGAUUCAGUUCAGCAACUAAAGGUCAUACUGUUUAUGAAUGGAAUGUAUAGAUUUAUGUAGAUACAUUUUGCCAAGCCAAUCAGUAGCAUGGGGUGUAUUUUCAGAAGCUGAACUGGACUGUUACUUUGAACCUUUUUUGUACUUUUGUUCCAUUCAAGCUCACUAGAGUUCUAUUGACCCUUUUUUUUUUUUUUUUUUUGGAUAUUCUUUUUCCUCCCAGUUGACCAUUACCAGCUUUCUCCCCUGUAGCACAAAAUGGUACUACCAGCCUGGGAGAGCAAAGCGCUGCACAUGCUGUUCAACCCACUGUUCACUACUGUACUCUUAACUAUGCUUGGAGGAGAAUGCUGAGCAUUCCUGUAGCAUGUGACAGUGCAGAUGACCAGGGUCCUGUUGUCCUUCCUUUCCAGAAUGUGACCACUUGUGUAUCAGCAAGUAGGUCCUAUGUGGACCAGGUGGCCCUUCACAUAGCUUUCAGCGUUGUUCUCUAAAAAGUUCCUUUUGUGUUGUGUUGGUUAUGUCUGGUGUUGGAUAAAUUUCACUAAUGUUAAAGGAGACUCCAUUCUACAGUUGGAUGAACUAAAAAAAGGUUUGUCUUAGAAAAGUUUUAAUCCCUGCUUUGUCUUAAUCCCACACAUCUGAAGUUUCAUGAAGACUGCUAGAUUGAUUUAGAAGGAGAGUGGGAAAUGAAGAUGAGGUGUGUAUAUCACACCUCAUCUUCAUAGCCCUGUUUUACACUUGGUCAUUUCAUGCAUUAUGUAUUUGGAUUAUACUGUGGCAAGAUUUUAACCACAAGCAUUUACUCCAGUCAGCCAGAUUGAAAUGCGAUGGCUAUUUAGUAAAAAAAAAAAAAAAAUCACCUUAUUCCACCUGACAAACAACUUCAGAUGACAGAUUUGGCAUUUUCACUUUGAGGUAAUGAUGUGAGGGGGAGGGUUUCAUGGUUGUCAGAUGUGGCUCAGAGAGACAGAUGUGUUUACACUUGUAUAAUGCGUGCAUUUAAAGGUGAACUAUUAUGUGGAUGUUUCCUGUCUGGAUCAUAGACUAAUAAUGAAGAUUUAUGAAACAACCAAGUGUAAACGGUGAGUAGGCUUGCAGUGAGCCUUGGAAGCCAAGCUUGCCUAGUUACCUCAGUUCUUUGCAGAACAUGACUGACUUGUUUGAAACACUUUCCAGACCACUUUAAAAUGGGAGAGAGGGUUCAAGUUUGAUAGCUGUAAUGUCUUGAACAUCUCGCUGUAAAAACACCAGCUUUGUCCUCAUUAAGCAAGUAGGUUUCCACACAGAAUCUUUUGGCUUCACAACUACCUGAAAUUUUACCUGGAUAAAUUUCCACCUACAUUUCAAUUCUAAUUCUAAUGGUAAAUGUAAAUGUAUACCAAUAAUUAGUAUACUGUUAUUUAUGAAAUUGAUUUAUUUGGGCCAGUGACAGUAGUUAACCUAAAAUAUUUAGAAAUGCAAAACUAAGGUUAUCUUCCUGAGGCCUGGCAACAUGUCUGACUGACUGUGUGUCACUAAAUGAAGGGCCGCUGAGUGUUUGACAUCAGUGGAUGUAUAUAUGCUGUACUUCCACACACAUAUGAAGAUGCUACACAUUUAAAAACAUUUCUCAGCACAGCAGGUAAAUGUGAUUUCAUAUUACCAGCCAUACUGUUUUUAUGUUCAGGAAAGCUGAGCUUUCAAUGGAGAAGCUUUAAUUACUGAAACCGAGGACUAUGUCUUUAUAUAAUGGCCAAAAGGACUUUCAUUAAAAAAUAAAAAUCUAUAUAUGAUUGUACAAAAGGCAUAUAUGAUCUAUAUAUGAUUGUACAGUUUCUUUAAUGUGAUUUAUUGCCUUUCUGCAU